GGCGGUGAGGUGCGGGGCGAGGAGCCCGGUCGUGGGGCCGGGUCGCCGCGGGCCGCGCGCGGGGCACCGCGGGGCUGGCAGGUGCGAGGCGUGUGCACCUGGCGGGCGAUGGCGCCCCGCCCCAGCGCCCCGGGGUAGCGCGGCCGAGGCUGCGGUGCCCCGAGGCGCACGGCCGCCCCCGACCCGGACCUUGGCGCGGGCCCGGGGCGGCGAUGGGGCUCCUGCGGCUGCUGGUGUUGGCGGCGCUGGCGUCGGAACGCGGGGCGGCCGGCGCCGCCGAGCUCGUCGGGAACUCCAGCGAGGGUCUUCUUGAAUUUUCUGUGGGGAAAUUUAGAUACUUCGAACUCAACAGACCCUUUCCAGAGGAAGCUAUUUUACAGGAUAUUUCAAGCAAUGUGACUUUUCUUAUUUUCCAAAUACACUCACAGUAUCAGAAUACAACAGUUUCUUUUUCUAGGACUCUCCUUCCCAAUACCUCGGAAACAGGCACUGACAGAGGACUGGUUUUCAUUCUUAGACCAGAGCAGAGUACGUGCACUUGGUACUUGGAGACUUCAGACACGGAGCCUGUCCAAAAUGUGGCCAUUCCUCUCACCUACUCAGAAAGAGAUCCUAUCCCUGGAGGCUGUAAUUUGGAGUUUGAUUUAGAUAUUGAUCCCAACAUUUACUUGGAGUAUAAUUUAUUUGAAACAACUAUCAAAUUUGCCCCAGCAAACCUGGGCUAUGCAAGAGGCGCAGAUCCUCCACCUUGUGACAUCGAGACGGGCCAAGACUCCAGGUGGAGGUUGCAGUAUGAAGUGUAUCAGUAUUUUCUGCCCGAGAAUGACCUUACUGAGGAGGUAUUGCUAAGGCAUCUGCAGAGGAUGGUCCAGGUACCCCAGGUGAAGGCCCAUGCUACCAAGGUGGUUACCCUUACAGCUAAUGACAAGACGAGUGUUUCCUUCUCCUCCCUCCUGGGACAAGGUGUCAUUUAUAAUGUCAUUGUUUGGGACCCAUUUCUAAAUACGUCUGCUGCCUAUGUUCCUGCUCACACAUAUGCUUGCAGCUUUACAGCAGUGGAGGAUAAUUGUGCUUCCCUUGGAAGAGUGUCUUCCAAAGUGUUCUUCACUCUUUUUGCCCUGCUUGGUUUCUUCAUUUGUUUCUUUGGACACAGAUUCUGGAAAACAGAGUUAUUUUUCAUAGGCUUUAUCUUCGUGGGAUUCUUCUUUUACAUACUGAUUUCAAGACUGACACCUAUUAAAUAUGAUGUGCGUCUGAUUUUGACCACCGUGGCUGGAAGUGUUGGUGGAAUUUUCUUGUUAGCUACGUGGUGGCGAUUUGGAAUCCUGUCACUCUGCAUGCUGUGUGUUGGGCUAGUGCUGGGGUUCCUCAUCUCGUCAGUGACUUUCUUCACUCCACUAGGAAAUCUAAAGAUUUUUCAUGAUGACGGUGUAUUCUGGGUGACUUUCUCUUGCAUAGCUGUCCUCAUUCCAGUAAUUUUCAUGGGCUGCCUGAGAAUACUGAACAUACUGACUUGUGGAGUCAUUGGCUCUUAUUCGGUGGUUUUGGCCAUUGACAGUUACCUGUACACAAGCCUUUCUUACAUCACUUUGAAUAUACUCAGGAGAGCCCUCAACAAGGAUUUCCACCGAGCUUUCACAAAUGUGCCUUUUCGAACUAAUGACUUUAUUAUCCUGGCAGUAUGGGGGAUGCUGGCUGUAAGUGGAAUUACGUUACAGAUUCGAAGAGAGAGAGGUCGACCGUUCUUCCCUCCCCACCCGUACAAGUUAUGGAAGCAAGAGAGAGAGCGCAGAGUAACGAACAUUCUGGACCCAAGCUACCACAUUCCUCCACUGAGAGAGAGGCUCUAUGGCAGAUUAAUCCAGAUCAAAGAGCUCUUCCAGAAGGAGCAGCCAGCUGGAGAGAGAACGCCCCUGCUUCUGUAGAUGCCUAGGGGCUUGGUUGGUGUCCCCAGUUUUGGUGUUCAUGCCAGAGUGCAUCAGCAAUCUCCCUUGCAAGUCUAUUAAGUGAUCAGGCAUCUGUAUCUGUGCUUUGCAUGGUAUUAUGGUGUCUUAUUGAUAUAUGGUAAGGGUAUGCUCACCUUUACCUAGUACGAUUCUAAUAGAGUAAGAAAAUGACCAAAAAGUUGGUGAUAGGCAGGCUUUUCCUUAUUCCAGAUACUUGAGAAAUCACCUUUUGGCUUACAAAUAUUUGAUCAACUUAUUCCAUUAAAUAGAUAUAUUUUUAAAAAAAUUAAAAAACAAUCAUUCUCCUACAGA